AUGAUGACAUCUACACAACUAGAUCCAGAUCAACCAACAAACACCAAUUCCACUAGUGGGUUUGAUAACUUUUUGGACAUAUUCUCAACUGACAUGGAUUUUGAACAAGCUUAUUCAAUGUACAAUACUUUGCAACAAAAAUCGGCCAUUGGAUCAUUUGAAGAGUUGAAUAAAGUACAAAUGUUGAAUUCACAGUAUACUACCAAUUUACCCACUCCUCCACCUCAUCAACCUCAGCAACUUCAACAACAGCAAAACCUACUGCAUCAACAACAACAACAUUACUCAAGCAUAUCUUCUGAGUUACCCCAGGAUGAGUUUGCUGAUUCCAGACAACAAAUAAUAAAUGGAGGGCAUCAAUACCUUCAGCAGCAACAACAACAACCUACUCAACAGGAACAACUACAACCUACGCAGCUAACACAACAAACCCAAGAGGAAGGAAAUGACGAUUUUGAUCAUUUUUUCACAAACACUGAAUCAAAUGCAUUGGAACGGUUUUUGGAUAGUUUAGCAAACCCACAAGCAACUGCUGAUCCUUUACAAUUUUAUCACAAUAGUCGAUCACCAAAGAAUACCACCACCACCAACAAUAAUAAUAACAAUAAUAAUAAUAAUAAUAAUAGUAACGAGUUUGGGUUUGAUUUCAAUUUCGAAAUGCGUACAAUGAGUAUACCCAAGCAUAAUCAACACAAUAAACAACCGCAACCACAACCACAAUCACAAUUGCCGCUACAGCCACAGUCACAGCCACGCCAACAUCCACAAAAAACCUACCAAACACCUCAAUUGCAUCAACCGCAACCUUUUUAUCCAACAGAUUCCAGUUUCCAAUCUUCAUUAUCACCACUUACCUCCAACCCAACAAUUACAACUCAUUCAAAUGUAAUGCAAGCACAAUUUCAACCACAGCCACAACAGUAUCCACAACACCAGCAACAAGAACAGCAGCAAUUGCAAGACCACGUUGCCCUCAAAAAUGAAUUGGCUGAAGCAUUUUCAGUGCCUGCGAAAUCACCAUUUUCAUCACCACCAAUUGAAAAACAAGUUGAAGAAGCAAAACAAGGUGGAUCUAAAGCAUCACUAUUGAAAAAGAGUCCUUUAAAACCAACAAAACCAUCAAAACAAUUAAAGGAUGUCAAGACAGAUUCAAAACAACAAAGCAUGUCUUCUUCUUCUUCAUCAUCAACAAAUUCUCAAUUGAUUACACCACCUACAUCAGGCGAUGAAAGUAGAAAGAGACGAGGCACGCAAGAAGCAGAAGACGAUGAUGAUGAUGAUGAAGAAGAAGAGGAGUACGACUCAGAGUCCACGUCCACCCCUUCUACCACGCCAUCAUCAAAACCACACCUUAAGAAACGCAGACGCUCAAACAACAAACCCCUUCUUUCACUCGAACAAAAGCGCCUUAACCACUCCAACUCUGAACAAAAACGUCGUCAAUUGUGCAAACAAGCAUACCAACGCUGUCUUGAACAAAUUAUUGACUUGGAAGCAUUUGCCAAGUUGCCAGAAUUGGAUGAAGCUGAACGCAAGACGAAGAGAGCUAGAGUUAACAAAGAAGGGUUGCCGAAUUUAUCGAAACAUGGUGCUUUGAUGAGGAUUAGUAAUGAGAUGAUUUUGAUUAAGCUGUUGAAUGAUGAAUUGAAGAAGUUGUUGGAGUAG